AUGUCUGAAUCAGUAAAUCUGACUGUUUACUACGGCGCUGGUAAUGUUCGAUAUAAUGAGUUGGGGGUUGAUCUUAGCGAGUUUAAAAAUGGCAUCAUGACACUAGCAGACCCGGACAGACUGGACAUUAGACAGUUGAAGUAUUGGUUGACAACUAGUUUCAGGCUGGAUCCUAAAAGUAGCCAGUCGAUAAUAUUAGCUGGUUCUGGUUUUGCUGAUGGGGAUGAGGAAGGGGAUGAAAUGCAGAGGGUGAUGGAGGAAGAGGACGAGGAUGGAUUGGUGGAGGAACUGGAUUCUGAAAAUUCCGUGGAUGAAGUGGAGGUACCGAUUCCUUCUGCAUGGGAGCAGGACAUAUCCACCAGCCUUACAGUCAACGAUGGCCAUGAGACUCCAUGGCAGUAUAAUCUGAACCAAGUACAGAUAGGGGCUAUGUUUGAUACAAAGAAAAAAUUGAAGUAUGUGGUGAUAAAGUGGGCUAUGUCUACGCAGAGGGUUUUCCGGACACACAUAUCAAGUCCAACAAACUAUACGGUGAAAUGUGUUGAAACGGGUUGUCCAGGGAAGGUGCACGGGCACGUGCCAAAGUAUGACAUCCAUUGGGUUGUCACCAUUGUCGUCCCACAUAAUUAUGUGAGGAAGAACCUGCUGGUGAAGCAUCCAAACCUGACUUCAAGUCUCAUUGCGCAACUCAUGUAUACUGAGAUAGUAGAGAAGAAAGAUAUGGAAGCAAAACUCAUCCAGAUAGCAGUGAAGGUCAGAUGGAAUUAUGUCAUUCCUUAUGGGAAGGCUUGGAGGGCUAAGCAGAAGGCAAUGGAGGAAAGGUUUGGGACGUUCUUUGACUCAUAUGAUAAUGUUGUCCGUCUCCUUGGCAUACUGAAGGAGAGGAAUCCCGGCACUUAUGUGAACGUACAACACAUGAGGUUGUUGAGUAUACCAGAUUUCAAGGUGUUGAAACGAGUGUUCUUCUCUUUUGCUAUGUGCAUCGAAGCUUUCCGGCAUUGUCCUCCUGUUAUGUUUGUGGAUGGUACAUUCUUGACCGGUCAGUAUAGAGGGCAAAUCCUGACUACUAUUGGUGUGGACGGGAACAAUAAAAUCAUCCCACUUGCCAUGGCAUUUGUGGAGGGUGAGAACUUUCCCAGCUAG